CCGGGGCGCGCGCGCGCGUGCGCGGGGCGGGCGGGGCCGAUGUCGGGCCCGUUCGAGGAGCGCAGCGGGGUCGUGCCCUGCGGGACGGCCUGGGGCCGCUGGUACCAGACCCUGGAGGAGGUGUUCAUCGAGGUGCAGGUGCCGCCGGGCACCCGCGCCAAGGACGUGUCCUGCAACCUGCAGAGCCGGCACAUCGCGCUCUCGGUGCGGGGCCGGGAGGUGCUGCAGGGUAAACUUUUUGACUCUACAGUAACUGAUGAAGGAACAUGGACGUUAGAAGACAGGAAGCUGAUAAGAAUUAUUCUAAUGAAGACAAAUAGAGAUGCUGGAAAUUGCUGGACAUCUCUGCUAGAAAAUGAAUAUGCUGCUGAUCCUUGGGUACAGGACCAGAUGCAAAGGAAACUUACACUGGAGAGAUUCCAAAGAGAGAACCCUGGAUUUGACUUCAGUGGAGCAGAAAUUUCUGGAAAUUACAGCAAAGGAGGACCAGACUUUUCUAGUCUUGAAAAGUAAACUUUUUAUCUGUGUUCUUUGAGAAGAAUUACACAUUAUGCUUAAAGACUGGAAUCAUGUAACUGGUGAAGACUUCAGUGAUCUGAAGUCAAGUAAUUACUACAGACUGUAGUCAAGUAAUUACAUCAGUGAAAAUUAAGAUUUCUUCCAGUAGAAUGAAGACAAAGUGUUACUAGCUGAUGUAUAAGUUGUGAUAAUUUUCUAAUACUAAGGGACAAACCAGAGAAAGGUGUACACCAGAAAGUAACAUGUUUAAGCAGAAUGUUUGUUAUGGGUUGUUUGGGUUUCUUGGGGUUUUUUUUAGAAACAUGAUAGUAAACCAUUCAGUUAUGAAUAUACCACUUGUCUUUAUGCAAGAAUAUCAUCUUCACCAUUGAAGAAAGGAUCAUAUGAGCAAGAUAUUUAAUAUUUUCUCUGAACUUGCAAUGGGAAGGGUAUUAGGAUGGCUACAGUUACAUUUUUCCCCCUGUAGCAGCUCUAUAGGAACUCAUUAAUGUCAUUGUAAAACAGUGGUUUAAAUAAACUACCGUAUCUUGCCUCAACAAGGUUUACAAUCCUCUGUGCUGUCAAGUAAAGCACUAAUGACUAAUACUCAAAACCAGGUAAGCACUACUAGAAAACUGAAACAUGAAAAGGUGAAAGUCUGGAUAUAAAUAAUUGUAUAUGUUCAUGUAGUAUUGCCUUUCAGUAUAAAUAUUUAAAAUUUUUACAGAUAUGAUUUGUGAAAUUAAUGGGAAGUCCCUAAGUAUGAAAUGGUAUUUUACAUCUAGUAAUUACCAACAUAUAGCACAAGUUGUUGAUAGUGUAUCUAAGAAGCUGCAGAUUUUUGUAUAUAGUUUUAAAUUUCAUAGCCACAUUUUAGACUUAGCUAUUUCAUGAUGUACUAUGUUCAUGUGCCAAUUAUGUAUCAGGAAUUUUCUAUUCCAAAUUAAGAAUUCAGCUGAGAAGCACUCCAACAACAGGAUUAUACAGGAUGAAUGCUGUAUUAACAGACUAACAGAGGAAGAAAACAUGAUUGCCAGAUCCUAUAGCGUUCUGAACUCUCAAAGUACCACCUGUGCCUAAGUCUUAAGCAAAAAUCUCACUGGAGAUCAUACUGCUGAGUUUUACUUCUAAAAUUGCAUUAUUAUUUCUGCUGGCGUAUGGCAAAAAUAAAGGAAUAGUUGAGGAAGAAUGUUUUCAUUGCAA